AUACACACUGCAUCAAAGUUUGUUCUGCUGUUCCUGUCUCGUCAUCGAUUCCGGCUCUAUUUCUGGACAAGCCGGAAUUUCUUGUUAGCCCUAUUUGUGUAUCGAAAAAGAAUCUGGCUUUUCAAGUGGUUCGGUGUUCAAGAGAAGAGAGUGAGAACGUUAAUGCACAUCUGCCUAAGUUUAAUAGUGACUUCUUUUGACAACGAUGGCAACGAGAGGAGGUCCAGUCGCUUCCGGUACUGAUGGUUCGGACUAUGGUCACCGUGAAAGAGUAGCCAACCAAUAUAGAAUAAGUGCUCAGAGCAAAUCCCGAUUGAAAGCUUGUCUUUUCUUCCACAUACUCUUAUUUUUCCUGAUGCUCGCUAAACUGUCUGCUGACAUUUUUGAUCGACUUGACAUCUUUAUUUUGGAGCUAGAAGAACUUGAAAUCCCAAAGCCUUUAGUCUGGGAGUAUGCAUGGUGCUGCAGUCUGCCAUUUGUCUUUUAUGGCCUAUCUUCUUUGCGACGCAACAUAAUUCGAUCCAUGUCCGUUUUUGUCAUGGGCGAUGUAGUUUUUGCACUUCUUCCAAUCUUCUUUUCCCUGGGAUAUUACCUGGGCGACUUCUGGCAAUAUGUAAGCACACGCUCCUCAGAUGGCCUCAUGUUAUGGCAGGGCUAUCCGUACGCGCUGUUGUGGUACGCUUUCUCAUUGGUGGCACUUCAAAUUCACUGUUUCUCUCUGUACUUUGCACACACUUUGAUAUCAGCAUGGAGAGCUCGUGGAGGUGCCAGCACCAAAAAAAUCAACUGAAAUCAAAUUCACAGCUUUCUAUACUUGUAUAAUCGUGCUCGCCCUGCUGGAUUGAUCCCAAUGCCUGAUGAGGCAAACCUGUGUUUGCAAUAAAUCCUACCAGUCCUCCCCA